AGAUUUUACUUUUAAUACCUUCCUUGAAAAGAAAUAUGUAUCAAACAGUAACGUACCAAUAGCCAUACUGAAGACAAACAGGUUCCAGUACAAACAUGGACUACACCACCUGUAUUUAUGACGAAAAUGAGGAGCUGCCAUUACCCGAAUUUCACAAGAAGUACAAAGACCACUUUCCAAUGACCGCCAUUGUUACAGGAGGUUACUACGGCAACACAAAGUGGGAUGACCUUCCCAGUGAUCUGAUAAUGAGAAUUGACAGGGAAUUCAGACAACCGAGGAUUUUGGCGAGAGAUCCCAAGUCUUACAAAGAACAGUAUAUAAGUAUACCUGUCAACGGUCCAUAUAAGUUCAAUAUUGUCAAAUCCAUCAAAGAGAAAAGUCAGGAUCAAACAAUGGCAGAGAUUUUAGAGCAAAAUCCAUUACCCAUUCUUGUACAGUUUUCUCCAAGAGGAGAAGUUCCGAAGGAAGGACAGAUGAGUCCGACCGGAACGCUGAUCAGCUUCUUGAUAGAGUAUCGACAAGAAGACAUUUACCUUCAAGGUAAUUUCUACAACCAUGGGGUCAUCGCUACGGAGACGGCAUCUGUCAUACUAUGCCCAAUCAUCACCAUGGCACCUGUCCACGGACUGAAGGACAAAACAGAGGAAGAAUAUAAUCUGUACCUACAACGCAUGAGUGACUACGUUUACAAAAAAAGUAAAUUCUCCGAGAACACAUGUAAUCUGGGUGUAAAAGUCUACGAGGCGUCUGAUCCAGAGAUUUCUCAUAUUAUUCCCAAAAAACCUGACAGAGACACAGGGCCAGCUCCAGCUCUUCCACAACGUAAGGAUAUUAAAGUCCAGUCUGCAAAACCAAAGCUUGAUAAGACACAAAAUAUUAAACAAAGUCAACGUCCUCCAAAUCGACAGAUCACCCAAAAUCACAAAGAGCCAAUGAAAGCGAAAGAAUCUGAGAAUUUUAAAGUUAGUGAAACACUCUCUGAAUCUAAUCAAAAAUCCACAAUUACCAUGGAGGUACCAGGUUUCACGGAGACUCCAGUCGGUGGUGACUCCGAUGAUGAAAUCUAUGGCGAAGACUAUGAAGAGAUCACGCAAGAGAAGAAACCAGGGUCUUCAAAGCCUGAAGUUUCGAAUAAACCUGGUUACGUAAAUGACGUUUUGUGUCAGGUACGACCAUUCUCAGAACCAAGGGCAGAAGAUUCAGACAAUGAGAGUAAUGAGUACGAAGAAAUUAAAGAAAAACUUCCUAUUCCACAAAUGAAGGAGAAAGUAAGGGUUCCAAAAAAUAUAGACAACCGAGAACCAAUGAAAUUGAUUGAAACUCCCAGAGUACAGCGAGUGUAUGAUUACGCCAUUCCAGAUCCCAAUUAUUUCAUUUCAAAACAAGAGGCCCAUAAGGAUAUGAGUGUUGGAAUCGCUCCUGCAGAGGAAAAUAUUCAAACACCUUGUAUGUCAAACCACGUGUCUGGAAAGAGCAUUAAAGAACUUGGAGAAAUCCUAGUAAAACUAAAGCUUGAUAAAUUUGUGGACCGAUUUUCAGAGGACAUGAUAGACGGUGAAAUUGUCCAAGAUCUCACUGUGGCGGAUCUUAAAGAAGAUUAUAACUUUACAAAGACAGAAGCUAUUAGACUGAGGAAAUUUAUCGAACAAGGCCACAUUCCAAUGUGAACACGUCUCUU